AAAAGAACUACACUUGCUUGGAGUCUCAAAUACAUUGUUUAAAUAAGUCUGAAUGUUCAGUGCAUGCAGCAGUGAUUCCCCAACCUGUUCAUGCUGCAAAAUGGCAUUCAGUAUAUUUGAAGCUACCUCCAAAUGUUUCUGCAGAACACUGCCAAAAGGUGUGUUUUGCUGACCUCAAGCAUCCCUGCUACAAAAUGGCCUACUUCCAGGAACUGUCCAGCAGAGUGAGCUUUCAGGAGGCACGCCUGGCUUGCGAGAGUGAAGCGGGUGCUCUUCUCAGCCUUGAGAAUGAAGCAGAACAGAAGUUGAUAGAAAACAUGUUGCAAAACUUGACAAAACCAGGAACAGGGAUUUCCGAUGGUGAUUUCUGGAUAGGGCUUUGGAGAAAUGGAGAGGGGCAAACUUCCGGUGCCUGCCCGGAUCUCUAUCAGUGGUCUGAUGGAAGCAGUUCCCAGUACCGAAACUGGUAUACGGAUGAACCUUCCUGUGGAAGUGAAAAGUGUGUGGUGAUGUAUCAUCAACCAACAGCCAAUCCUGGCCUUGGAGGGCCUUACCUUUAUCAGUGGAAUGACGACAGGUGCAACAUGAAGCACAAUUACAUCUGCAAGUACGAACCAGAGAUUAAUCCAACAGUUCCUGUCGAAAAGACUUAUUUUACAAAUCAACCAGGUGACACCCAUCAAAAUGUGGUUGUUACUGAAGCAGGCAUAAUUCCCAAUCUAAUUUAUGUUGUUAUACCAACGAUUCCACUGCUGUUACUGAUAUUGGUAGCUUUUGGAACCUGCUGUUUCCAGAUGGUACAUAAAAGUAAAGGAAGAACCAAAACUAGUCCAAACCAGUCCACACUGUGGAUUUCAAAAAGCACCAGAAAAGAAAGUGGCAUGGAAGUAUAAUAACUCAUUAACUUGGCUCCAGAAAAGAAAACAG